AUGGAACCCACGACGGAACCUGACGAACUUGCUUCUUUACUUCGACAAACUUCCCAUCUGCUGGAGUUAUCGGAUCAAAAAGAGGAAGCCUCACUUCAGCAAAUUGCCGCUCUGACGGAAUUACUGGCUCAAAAAGAAGAAAUCUUGCUGGAGAUGACUGAGAGCAGAGAUCUUCAAGCAUCCCUUACACACGAAAUGGAAAGCUUAUGGCUGGCCGCCAAAUCCAGAACUCGGGCUGAAGUUGCUCUUAAGCUAAAAGUUCAAUCUGAUUUCCAAAGCCAAGUCCAUUAUAUUAUUUAUUUGAAAAUGAAGCAUGAAGAUGAGGUGGCUCUCCUAAAAGAGGAAGGCCGGCUCAAAGAUGAGGCUAUUGGGCAACUGAAGCGCACCAUCAACCUUCUCAAGGAAGAUUUAACUAAGGCCCAAGCUCAUUUAACCCGAAAGGAUCAAGCCUCCGGCUCUGAGGCUCCCAUGCUCCGCGCAUACUCCUCAGAUAUAAAACGCCAAUCUUUCUCCAUUCUGAAAACUCUCAGCGCGGAACUUAAGCAGGGCUUGGCGGCUUCCUCCCGAUAUGUCCCUUCUGCUCUGCAGUCCGCCCCUUCUGCCUCUCAACUCGCGCCACCUGCACCGGGCCAGGAGGAAGCUUCUGCCUGCUCUGCCAAUCUAAGUGCCAUUCAGUACGCCUCCCACUUACAGAGGGAGAAUGAAGUAUUAAAGGCUCGUCUUGAAGAGUUAGAGUUGCCACUAACUCCCCGCGAUCCCCUCAACCCGACUCCUGAGGACCUAGCGCAUUAUCUUCAGCUGAUUGGGGAGUCUGCAGAGUCUGUCUGCAACAUUUCUCAUGCGGCUUUUGACAAGAUAAAGACUUUGGAAGCGGCUCUGCAGACAAGCGAGUCCAAAUUGGCUUUUGAAGUGGAGAGGCGUCGCUCUCUAGUGGUGGAGCUGGACGCAAAGGACGCCCGGUUGACGAGUCUGCAGGAAGCCCAGGAGGCCCUUCAGAAGACUUUAACUGAUGUCCAGGGUCAACUGGCCUCUAGUUCAGACCGGGAGAAGGCCUUUCACAGCCAGUGGGAGGCCAGCCAAGCGACCCUUAAAUCAAUGCAGGCCGACCUUUUGAAAGCUCAAGAGGAUGUUUCCCAGGGUCAACAAGAUCUGACUUUGGCCCGAGCUAAUGCGGAGAAGGCCAGAGUUGAUACAGAGAAGGCCCAGGUAGAGUUGACAGAUUACCAGGCGGGAGAAGUUGGUCGUCUGAGAGCCUACAGGCAAGCAUACGUCACCUCCCCCUUCUUCUUGAGGAAGAUAAGGGAUUUGAUGAAUUUUAUGCUUUGUUGUGGCGCGGCUGGUGGGGCUCGACAAAUGUUUGAGCAGGAUCUGCUUUGCGUUGCCCCCUCAGAAGAUUUCUUAGAUAUCGCUCGCCUGAUGAGAGAGAUUCCAGACGAGUCGCUUCCUUCCUUUAAAGAUGAUGACGACUUGUUCCUCCUCCCUGAGCCUCCUGCUGACGCUGCGCCUUGUCCCCCCGAGCCUCCUGUCAACCCUACUGACAAUGAUCCUUGA